AUGAAUAUACUUUCUUAUGAUUUACUCAGUUCCUCUGGCAGUCUCUCGGCUUCGUCUGAUCGAUGUUUAACUUCCGCUCAUUCUGGGGUACCUCUGACUUAUUGCUACGAGGGUUUUGUCGGUCGUCAUUUUCGACCUAGCUCGACAACCGGGCUCGUCACAGGCUUACUUCCAACAAAUCUUAUGGCUUCGGGCAUUAAAUCAGGUUCUGUUUCUCCUUUCUCCUGGCCCGUCCCAGGAAGCGAGCUUGGCCAACGAUGGCUGUCAGAACUGCCUGUAGGGGCUGGUAAUCAGGUAUGUGCCGACUGUAACAGACCAGAAGCCAGCUGGGCCAGUUGUAAUCUUGGCAUAACUCUCUGUGUUGAUUGCGCUGGCGCGCAUCGCAGCCUUGGGAUUGAAUUUUCACAGAAUUAUUCUGGAUGA